AUGAUCAAAUCAACGCAGAUCGCGCGGCUCGAUGGCCUCAUGCUCUGUGCCUCUGUGGACGAUGAGCAAACCGAAUCCUCCCUCGCUGAGAUCAAGUCUCAAGUCAAGAUGAUCAUACGCAAGCUGAGUCGCCACGCGGAGCCCCAGGCAUCGAUCGAGAGCGGCGCCUACACCAUCCACUAUCUCAUCUCCGAUGAUGUUGUCUACAUCUGCAUCAGUGAACGCUCCUAUCCUAGAAAGCUAGCUUUCACCUAUCUCUCCGACCUCUGUACCGAAUUUAGCACGACCUAUCCCCAACAACAAGUUCUCUCCACAAUCCUACGCCCGUACGCGUUCAUGGAAUUCGACACGUUCAUCUCACGCACAAAGGCGACCUAUUCCGACAGUCGUGCAACCCAAAACCUUGACAAGCUAAACGACGAGCUACGAGAUGUUACCAAGGUCAUGACAAAGAAUAUUGAGGAUCUGCUGUAUCGAGGAGACAGUUUGGAGCGCAUGGGAGAGGUCAGCAGCAGAUUGAGGGAGGAUAGUAGAAAGUAUAAGCAGGCCGCAGUACGAAUUAAUUGGGAGUUGCUGCUCAAGCAGUAUGGACCACUGGGCGGCCUGGGAUUGUUUAUGAUCAUUUUCAUCUGGUGGAGAUUCUUCUGA